UCAACCCUUCCUUUCCUCUCCACACUUAUCACGCCACCUCAUCACCCCCCUCCUCUCUAGCUUCGGAUAUUCAUUAUCAUUAUGGAUAUCCGACGGAGGCCUCCUAAACCGCCGGUUAACUCAAACCGGUUCCUCGAUAACCGUUCCGAUGACGACGAUCGUCGCAAGACUCUCGCCUCUCCUCCAAAGGCCUCCGACGCGCUCCCGCUCCCUCUCUACCUCACCAACGCCGUCUUCUUCACCCUCUUCUUCUCCGUCGCCUACUACCUCCUCCACCGCUGGCGCGACAAGAUCCGCUACAACACCCCUCUCCACGUCGUCACCGUCACCGAGCUCGGCGCCAUCGUCGCCCUCAUCGCCUCCUUCAUCUACCUCCUCGGCUUCUUCGGCAUCGAUUUCGUCCAGUCCUUCAUCUCACGCCCCGACUCCGUCGAUUCCGACAGAGAUUUCGACGACCACCGCCUCGUCACCUGCCCUCCUCCUCCUCCGUCGCAGAUCGUCGCCGCCAAGCUUCCGAAUCCGGAGCAGCCGCCUCUCCCCGAGGAAGACGAGGAGAUCGUCAAAUCCGUCCUCGACGGCGCGAUCCCUUCGUACUCUCUCGAAUCUCGUCUCGGAGAUUGCAAGAGAGCCGCGUCUAUCCGGAGGGAAGCGCUGCAGAGGCUUACCGGGAGGUCGAUCGAAGGAUUGCCGUUGGAUGGAUUCGAUUACGAUUCGAUCUUGGGGCAAUGCUGUGAGAUGCCUGUGGGAUACGUGCAGAUCCCCGUGGGGAUCGCUGGACCGUUGUUGCUUGACGGUUAUGAGUAUUCUGUUCCGAUGGCUACUACGGAAGGGUGUUUGGUUGCGAGUACUAACAGAGGGUGUAAGGCUAUGUAUGUCUCUGGUGGUGCCACCAGUACUGUUCUCAAGGAUGGUAUGACUCGUGCUCCUGUUGUUAGGUUCGCUUCCGCGAGGAGAGCUUCUGAGCUCAAGUUUUUCUUGGAGAGUCCUGAGAACUUUGAGACUCUGGCCGUUGUUUUCAACAGGUCAAGUAGGUUUGCGAGGCUGCAGAGUGUUAAAUGCACGCUCGCUGGGAAGAAUGCUUAUGUGAGGUUCAGUUGUAGUACUGGUGAUGCUAUGGGGAUGAAUAUGGUAUCCAAAGGUGUGCAGAAUGUUCUUGAGUUUCUUACUGAAGAUUUUCCUGACAUGGAUGUGAUUGGAAUCUCUGGUAACUUUUGUUCGGACAAGAAGCCUGCUGCUGUGAACUGGAUCGAGGGACGUGGCAAAUCAGUUGUUUGCGAGGCAGUGAUCAGAGGAGAGACCGUGAGCAAGGUGUUGAAAACGAGCGUGGCUUCUUUGGUGGAGCUCAAUAUGCUCAAGAACCUUACGGGCUCUGCUAUUGCAGGGUCUCUAGGUGGAUUCAACGCUCACGCCAGCAACAUUGUCUCUGCUGUUUUCUUAGCAACUGGUCAAGAUCCAGCUCAAAACGUUGAGAGCUCUCAGUGUAUCACAAUGAUGGAAGCCAUUAAUGACGGGAAAGAUAUCCAUAUCUCGGUCACUAUGCCAUCUAUUGAGGUGGGGACAGUGGGAGGAGGAACACAGCUUGCGUCACAAUCAGCGUGUUUGAACUUGCUCGGAGUUAAAGGAGCGAGCAAGGAGUCGCCGGGGAUGAACUCAAGGAGGCUAGCGACGAUAGUGGCAGGAGCAGUUUUGGCAGGAGAGUUAUCACUUAUGUCAGCAAUAGCAGCUGGACAACUUGUGAGGAGUCACAUGAAAUACAAUAGAUCCAGCAGAGACAUCUCUGGAGCGACGACAACAACAUGAUCUGAAUCAUCAUCAUCUCUGUCUGGCCCAAAACUCGAAGGAGGACAAAAAUGUAAAGAAGGCAGGCUUUUUACAACUCAUAUUCACUCAUAACUGUGUGGUGGACAACACACUUAGCCAUGUGCGUGCCUUUGCCUUCUUUUGUUCAAUAAAAACUUAAAAUUGUUUUUGUUUGUUUUGUUUUUUUGUUUGACUUGUAAACUCUUUUUUUAAUGUGGGGAUUAAGAGUGAGAGAGGGAGAGAUUUGUGAUUGUCAUUGUCUCCUUCUUUCCUCUAUCUCUCUCACUCAUGGAUAAUUCAUGUUCUCUUUGAUUUGUCUAAGCUUUGUCUUCUGUUUGUUAGCAAGUAUAUUGUGUCUUGUCAAUAUGAUGAUGGAAAACAUGUAUGCAGUUGCGUUUAAGGA